GCCGCGGUCUACACCGUAGCGCGGUCGCUAGUCUGAGCGCUCUAUCGGCUACGAAUAUUGAAAGUUGAUAAAGUUCAACCUUCUCCCUCAGUGUAAGGAAUUCACGCAGAUGGAGGGACGUUCUAGGGUUCAACAAAACGACCUGCUUCUCCACGAAGCGGUCAUCAAGAAUGAACCGGCGGCUGUGCGAGAGGCCUUGCAGAGACCGGCUGACGUCAACUGUAGGAAUAAUUACGGCAGAGCGCCGAUCCACUGGGCAGCUAGCAGAGGCAAUGUCGAGAUUAUCAAAUUGCUCAUUGACGCGAAAUGUGAUAUCGAAGCCGUGGAUAAGUUCGGUAUGCGGCCUUUGUUGAUGGCGGCGUGGCACGGACAUCUGGAUGCUGUGAAGAUGUUGGUCCAGGCAGGCGCUUGCCUCGCUGCUACUAAUAAGAAACAAAACGACCUUCUACAAUGCGCGUGCGCUCGCGGCGCGUUCGACGUGGCCCAGUACGCCAUAUCUAUCGGAGCCCGAGUGCAGACGUCAGACAUGGCGGGGGACGCGCCCCUCGCACAGGCCUCCCGGGCUGGCUUCACCAACGUAGUGGAACUGUUGUUGGAUAAGGGUUCUUACAUCGACGCGAUUAAUAAGGUUGGUCGGACUGCGCUCCACGUGGCGUGCGAAGGCGGGCACAGCGGUACGGCUGCGCUCCUGAUAAACAAGGGCGCAUCUCGCGAGGCGAGAGACAACUCGGGUCGGACGCCGCUGCAUAUUGCUGCGGUGCAUCGACACACGGAACUAGUGAGAACACUAUUGGAAACUCAGUGCAAUGUGGAUGCUGUGGAUAACAAUGGUGUGACUGCCUUACAAAUGGCCUGCGCUCAGGGUUGCCGGGGCAUUGUCGAGCACUUACUCACAUUUGGAGCCGAUGUACAUUUACAAAACAAUGUGGGAUCCUCGGCCUUGCAUGCGGCAUGCGCAGCUGACGCGACAGACAUUGUAGAGUUGUUGCUAGCCCGUGGGGCCGACCCUGCCCUCACAGACCAAUGGUCACAGUCUCCGCUGAGUGUGGCAGGGGGGGCGGCAGAUUCCCCUCCGGAGGGCUUCCGACGAGCGGCCAGGGGAUCCUUCUCAGCUAUAUUAGACCUUCUGACAGCCACUGCUAACCUUGAUCAUCAUCAGGACAAUUCGGAUGGAUCAACCAGUCCUCGUGUGGAAGAAAAGUCCGGUGGACGCUCGCCUGGGCCUAAUGAGGUAAUGGAGAGCGAUAAUGAAAGGUGAUGGUCGGCUACGACACUGCUGGAUCGGCUUGCGCAGCGUGGCUUUGCGGCCGACACGCGCUUGGCUCUGCCACCCACAGGCUGUGCACGGUACAGGGAGCUAUGCUACCGCGCUGCGCAGGCGCACCUACCGUACGAGGACCCGCGGCCCUGCGACUGUACCAACUGCGCCGCAAGAAGACUUUCAGACCUGACAUAGAUAUCGAACUACAUAAAUAAUCCCAGUCAAUUUUACAAGCAAUUUAAAUCUUUUAAUAUUUGAAUAUAUCACAAGUCCACACAUACUAUUGCCAUUAUAGACUAAGCAGUUACGCUAUAACUCGGCUUCUAUUGUUGUAUUUUAUGAACAUUUGAUAAUUAUAAAUCUCACACAUCAUGCAUGUUCUACUUUCACACAGGUUCCUCUUAUAAGCACAUUUCUGCAUUGGAAACAAAUUGGCUGAUCAUAAUGAUAUUAGCUAAAAACUGCUUAUCUUAUUUAUUCGGCUCGUUUCUGCAGAUUGAAUAAAGAAUACACAAACUAUUGUAGUUUUAUCAAGUUAAUUUUACGUGUUCUAGCAUUUUCACAUUCAGACAGUAUCUUCAAGUAUAUAUUCCCGUUUAAAAUCACUUUUAAUUAAAUGUCUAUCAUAUCAGCACACCUCGUUGCUUUCCAUCCUAGUGCCUUAUCCUAUCAAGCCAAUUCAUGUAUUUGGAAAUUAUAAAGUUUAAACCUAGUAACGUGCGAGACCAUUAUGCUUUAAAUGUUCUCUUGGCAAACUUAAAUUCUGUCCAAUUAUAUCGAUUCGUGUAAGUAAAUUAGGCCUUAAUUAAGAAAUAACUUGCGUACAUUUAAGUUUACACAAUUUAUUAAGAGAUUCUACAUAUAAAUUUCCGUAAAAACUAAAUACGAAACAUAGGAAUGUUAGUCUAAGCCGUGUUACUUAGCCAUAAUUUAUAAAUUUUAAAGUAAGGUGUCAACUACGAUAAUUAUACAUUAAUAGAAGUGUAAAUCUAACAAUGACUCAUGUGCUAUCCGAAUGAACCGCUUAAUUUUAAGGCCUAAUAUUAAUCAUUAAUUAAAGUAUUUCUAGAUUAUUCUCUAGACUUAGAUAUUUUAAUCAUAUUGUGUCUCUUGAUUUGAUGUUUUAAAAUAUGUACAAUUAUUACAGCUAUUUAUAAUA